AAAGGACUCCACUGUUUCCCGCCAAAAUAAAGCUUUUAUUACCCUUUAAUUACUGUCCCUCUUUCACUCCCAUCACAAUCAAGGAAAUAGUGAAAAAAAAGGUAAAAAGAAAACAAUGAAGGGGGCAUCCAAAGUCAUAAUGGGUGCAACACUAGUAAUGGUGGUCACCCUCGCCGUUGUUUUAGCUCUAAUCCUAGUGUUGCUAGCCGAGCUCUACUGCUCUCUCCUACUCCGCCGCCGCCGGAGCCGCAGUCAGCUCAAACACACCACUGCCGACACCACAACGGCCCCUACCACCCCCACCAUCACCGAAUCAACAACCAGUCCCCUCAGUAGCUUCUAUGCACAGGGAGUUCUUCAUGCACCUAUGGACUUCCUCUUCCCUGCAACUGCAGCACGCCCUGAAAAUGUUCAAAAAGAUAACAAAAUCACUUCUCUUCAUCAUGUCAUCGAACUCCACGGCGGAGAAUCGAACACAAGGCCUCAUCGGAUUGGGAUAUUGUCUCCCACGUCUCCGUCAUCUUCCUUUGCAGCUUCCCCUAACAAUGCUGAGGAAAUCUCGGUUCAAGCUUGCAGUGGUAAUUCAGGUCCCGGGGUGGAGGAUUUGGUUUACAUAUCGAAUCCAAUGUACGUUAACGAUGUUGCGCCGGAUACUCCAUUUGAGACGCCGGAUACAUCGCCUUCGCGUUUGGAGAACGGUGGUUCAUCGGGAGAUGAAGAGAAGGGUUGUUUUGGAAUCUAUUCACCUCCUCCAAUUACACCUCCAUUGAGUCCGAUGAAGAAGCUUCCGGCACAGGCUUGUUCUAUCCCUCUAAGAGAUGUCGGGUCUUUAGCUACUUCGGCCAGUGAGUCGAAUUGUAAUAAUGGUCUUUCGUCGUCUUCAUCAGGCUCUCCAUGUACUUCGCCUUCAUGGUGA